AUGGCUGGCUCCAGUAUGCGCGGCGUAUGGGCAAGUACACUAAAUGGCACCUCCUUUGCAACAUUGGAUAUUCGGGAGUUGCUCAUCAGGAAAUUGGUCCAAGCGACGGGCUUUGCCUGGGCAGACCUAAAAGCUCGCACGCAAUUCGGCGCCAUGCCUCGCUUGCUGGACGACGGAUACCUAACAGGCGACUCGCACGUCUGGUGCGAGGGCCGGACGGAAUGGAAGAAGCUUCGGGAAACAGACGAUCUGAAAUACCUGACGGACGCGGACGAGGGCGAUGGCAGGCCCAAGAAGGCCAGGCGGGCCAUGGCCCCAGGCACCGAGCUGGAGGCGCUGGACGCGGAGCUGGCAGCCAUGAGGGCGGAGAAGGCGGCCAAGGUUGGGGUUGCAAAUGCCGACGGCGGCGACGAGGGGGCGGGUUCAAGGCCAGUUGAUGCGCCGGAUACCCCCGAGGAGCUGGAGUUUGAGGAUGAUGACGGGACGGUGUAUGUGUGGGAUAAGAGGCUGCGGAAGUACAUGCCCAAGGAAGGGCAUCUGCCCGACAAGGCCGCGCCGGCACCGGAGGACAUCGGAUACGACAUUGACGCGAUGACGUACCAGCCCGAGGAGGAGGUGAUUCCCUCCUUGGCGGAGGCGCGGGCAGCGGAGGCGGAGGCUCAGGCGGAUGAGGCCCAGAAGCGGGAACGGAAGAAAGCCGGGCAAGGCGCGAGCACCAGCGACCCCAAAGGCGACAUCUCCGUUGCCGCAGCAACAGCAAAUGGUGCUGACGGGGCUGGCAAGGCCGCCGCCGCCUCCGCAGCAGCAGCAGCAGCGGCUGACAAGAGGAAAGAUGCGCAGGGCGCCGCGGCUGGUAGAGGGACGAAGCGGCCGGCGGAAGGGGAGGAGGGGGCCACGAGUGGCAACGGUGGCGACGACGGCGGGGAGGAGGAUGGCGCGGCGGCGAGCAAGAGCAAAAAAGCCAAUAAGGGCGGCGGCAAGAAAGACGACAAGCAGUCGAACUGGUUCGAUCUCAAGAUUAACACCAACGUGUACGUGACGGGCUUACCGCUAGAUGUGACCGUCCAGGAGAUCAAUGAGGUGUUCAGCAAGUGUGGGAUUGUCAAAGUGGAUGAGAAGGGGCAUCCGCGGAUAAAGCUGUACAAGUGGGUAAAUGGGGACAAGGCCACGGGGCUUCUUAAGGGCGAUGCACUGGUGUCGUACCUCAAGGAGCCUUCCGUUGAGCUGGCCUGCCGCUUCCUACAUCAAUCGCAGUUCAGGUCCUGGCGAGUCUCUCUUGAGCUGUGCGUCAGGCCGGGUUCUGGGCCGUUGAUGACGGUGGAGCCAGCCAAGUUUGAGAUGAAGGGCGAGACCUACAAGCCCAAGGUCUCCAACAAGAAGGAGAAGAAGAAGCAGCUGGCGCAGCUGGAGCAACGAGCUCUGGGCUGGGGUGGCUUCGACGACAAGGCGCCGCCGGAGAAGACGACAGCAGUGCUCAGCAAUAUGUUUGCAACCGACGACUUUUUGGAAAACAUGCUGCUGGCAGGUUGCACCAAGUUGGGUACCAUUGAAAAGGUCCGCAUCUUCAAGCACAACCCGCAAGGCAUUGUGACGGUGCGCUUCCGCACGCCUGAGGCAGCGCACCAGUGCGUCGCGCUCAUGAACGGCAGGUACUUCGGCGGCCGACAGCUGCACGCGUUUAUGUGGGACGGGUUCACCAACUAUAACGUCAAGCCCAAGGAAACACCGGAAGAGGAGCAAGCGCGCUUGGAGGCGUUUGCUAGAGAGCUUGAGGCCAAGGGUGAGACUGCGGCGGCCGCGGCGGCAUCUGCAGCAGCUGCCGCCGCCGCGGGUAAAGCAGCGGAGGCGGCGCGGGCGGCCGAAGCACCGAAGGAGGAGGAGCCUCAGGGCUAG